GGGCCUCUACGCACUGCAGGCGGAAGGAACUCGCGCUGUGCUGGCAGCAAGCGAACCGACGCUUUUCUGGGGCCUUGGCGAGGCAGCCGGCUACCCGCGGUCCCCAGUGCCCCCCACCCCACCUCGGCCGCGCCCCCUUCCUCCGGCCCGCCGCGGGCCAAGCACCGGCGCCAUGUCGGCCUACCCCAGAAGCUAUAACCCGUUCGAUGAUGGCGCGGAGGACGAGGGCGCCCGGCCAGCGCCGUGGACUGAUGCCCGCAACCUCACGGACGGGCCCGAGUCGCCCGCUGACCGGCAACAGGCCCUGCGGCAGGAGGUGCUGCGCCGGGCCGAGGCCACGGUCGCCAGCACGGGAAGGUCCCUGUCCCUAAUGUACGAGUCCGAGAGGAUAGGGGUCGCCUCUUCUGAGGAGCUUGUCCGUCAGCGCGGGGCCUUGGAGCGCACAGAGAAGAUGGUAGACAAAAUGGAGCAGGACCUGAAGACCAGCCAGAAGCACAUCAACAGCAUCAAGAGUGUGUUUGGAGGGCUCGUCAACUACUUCAAGUCUAAACCUGUGGAGACCUUGCCUACACAGAACGGCACCCUUGCCCCCGAGCCCAGCAGCAGAUUGAAAGAAGCCAUAAGUAUAAGCAAAGACCAGGAGGCACGGUUCCAGGCCAGCCACCCAAACCUCAGGAGGCUGAAUGACUCAGACUGCAUCCCUGGAGGGGCCGGAUCUGCUGUGACCUCUGAGGCGUAUCCAAAGAACCCUCACCUCCAAGCCUAUCAUCAGAAAAUUGACAGCAAUCUGGAUGAGCUGUCCAUGGGCCUGGGCCGUCUGAAGGACAUUGCCCUGGGGAUGCAGACGGAGAUCGAGGAGCAGGAUGACAUUCUUGACCGCCUCACAACCAAAGUGGACAAGCUGGAUAUCAACAUAAAAAGCACGGAGAAAAAAGUGCGCCAACUUUGAAGACAAAGGAUUUCCAUUCCAUAGUGAUGAAAAGAUUUGAAAGGUCUUUUAAACUCCCUGGAAACUUCGCUCAUUACUUUUGAAUGUGAUUUAACAUGUGUUUGCAAACAUUGUCACCGGGGUUCUCAAGAGAUUUUGUCGUAAGAGGAA